UGAAGUUGACCGUACCGUACCGAGCCCCAAGCUCGCGAUAUUUUGAGCUGGAGUAUUCGAAGAAGAUUUAGUUUGGAAGUUGACCGUUGAAUGCUGAGACCAAGCUCAACCGAAUAAAAACGAAAAACAUGGAUCAGCCAAUCGUGAAUAUUCCUGAGGAAGUUUUAAGUUCGUUAUGCACACGUUUUUUAAUCAACAUUCCUGACGAAGAGAGAAAUGACUUGAUAAGAGCUUUCUUCCAGAUUGAGUUGGCCCAUUGGUUUUAUAUCGACUUCUUCAGAGUUGAACAGCAAGGACUACCAACUUGUGGCAUGAAGGAAUUCUCCAAAGCUAUUUUCAACCAUUGUCCAUUUUUGAUUGACCAUGCCGACAAGGUAGAUAAACUCUAUGCAGAAUGGAGGGAAUACAAAAUGAGUGUUCCAACGUAUGGUGGAAUAUUACUAGAUUCUUCCCUUACACAUGUAAGUAGCAUUUGUCUGUGGUACUGUAGGACAAGCUGGGGAUUCCCCAAAGGCAAAGUUAACAAAGAAGAGCAGCCAGUGCAAUGUGCAAUAAGAGAGGUUCGUGAGGAGACAGGUUUUGACAUCACCAAGUACAUUGAUGAAAAUAACUACAUUGAGACUUAUUUGAAUGACCAACUCUCCAGACUGUAUGUAGUCCCGAAUAUUCCGAUGGAUGUCGACUUCAAGCCGACCACACGUGGAGAAAUUAGAGAAGUGCGCUGGUUCAUGAUAAAUGAUCUUCCUGCAAGUAAGAAAGAUCCAGCACCCAAGGCUAAUUUAGGUCUCAAUCCAAAUCAUUUUUUCAUGGUCAUUCCAUUUAUCAAACCUUUAAAGAAACGACUGAAUAAGAUGCAAUCCGGUGCUUCUAAUAGAGGCUACAGCCCAGCAACGAUUCCCUUGUCGACCACCAAUACCCAGAGGACACAAAGCCCUACACAGGGUAAUUACAGGCAAAAUGGAGGCAGGGGACGAGGAGGGAAUAGCAACCAUGUGUUAAAUUCUAGCGGAGGACCGACCACCGGCCAAGCUGUUGAUAGUAACAAAGCAGAGACCAGAAGAAAGCAACAGCAGCAAUACUUCAAAUCACAGAACAUGACUGCAAUAACCCAGUAUUCUAGGUUUAAAGAUCCAGCAUUGGAUGCUAUGUGGAACAAUCAGGGUGGACCAGGAUUGAAGAGACAGAAAGGCCAAGGGGGAGGGUACUCGCCUCAGUCGUCACAGGAAACGCCAAAACAAGGCAGACAUGGCAAGGGCCGAAACCAUGAAAAUCCAGAGACCCGUCAAGGAUCGUCGCCCAUUCCCAACAAGCAAAGCAACCGCAAGCAAGCGCAGGAUGCCCGCCAAUCCAGUCAUAACCUUUGCUCCAAAGCAUUCCUUAACUUCAGGUUUGAUGUUGACGCCAUCAUGAGAGCCUUUGAUGGCAUCAAGUAACUCACACCAAGAUAGUGAGGUUUCAACAUUGGACUAGCUGAAAAACUUUUCAUCAUAUCUUGCUCUCCGUGACUGGACAGAGACCAAAGUUUAGGGGGCCUGUUCCUGAAAGAGUUGCACUUAAAUGCAGCUGGAAGAAAAUAAAGUGCUUCUGACUUGUUGAAAAUAGAGCUGCUUUUGUUUUUUUAGAGUUGCAUUUGAUCAACUCAUAGAAUUCUGUUCUCCGCUUGCUCUCCAUAACUAGACAAAGACCAAAGUUUAGGGGAACUGUUCCUGAAAGAAUUGCACUUAAAUGCAGCUGGAAGAAAAUGAAGUGCUUCUGACUUGUUGAAAAUAGAGCUGCUUUUGUUUUUUGGAGUUGCAUUUGAUCAACUCAUAGAAUGGACUUUGUCUGUGAUGUAUUAUUAUUAUUGUUAUUAUUAUUUGUUUGGCGUCACCUGUGCCAGGGAGGUGAAAAGCGAACUGAAUCACUGUGACCCGCAGGUCUCUCCUCCCGAUAUAACUGAUUGGGGGAAGCGCAGGUGGACCACUACAUCGGAUUUCCCCUACUCUUAUACUAACGGUGCAUUGGAAGACAACUGUAGUUAUAUUGUGUGCAUCAACACCUUCUAGUAUAUGAUGGAAUGAAGAAUUUUUGAACUUUUUUCUCUACAUCCAUUUGACUUUGAUAUGGAUUAAUGAUAUUCAUUUUGAUCAGCCAGUGUGAGCCAAGUUGAAACGUAAAUUGCUUAAAGGUCAAGUCCACCCCCAAAAAUGUUGAUUUGAAUAAAGAAA